AUGUGUCAUGCCCCCGCUCCGCGCGGCCUUUUAGAAGGGAUCGCGGACUAUGUCCCCCUUAUGGCUGGUGAACCUAUGCCCGAGUAUGGACCUCGUCCGAGUCGAUCAUCUGAGCGCGCAGAUAACUGGGAUGCAGGAUAUAUGGCGACUGCAUAUUUCCUUGAAUGGAUCGACCGGGUAGGUGUUGGUUCUGGGGCCAUUGGAUUGUUGAAUGCUCAAAUCGGAAAAAUUGGUUAUCAUAGGGACGGCGAAGAUAGAUCCUUUCUUUGUGGUAGGAAGCAGCCUGACACCUGGAGGGCUAUAUAUGGUCGCAGUGUUGAUGAUCUUUGGGAGGCCUAUGGUCUUUAUCUUGAUGGGGAGACUGAUUUGGACCCGGUAAACCCUCCGAUUGGUACCACAGGCGCCUCUUGGGAUGAGCGUAGCAUUGGCCUGCUGAGCACUAUUAUAUUGGUAACUAUUCCUGUUGCUUUGGAGUUUGUAGGCUAUUUUAAUUGGGGUUGA